UUGCUGGACAUUGGGUGGAGCGAAUUUGAAUUGCAAUAUAAAUUAAGGGAUUUUGCUUGGCAUUGAAACAGAAUAGAAUCUGCGUGCCAAACAGCAACACACAGUUUAGUUUUCUGCGAUCUCCAGUUGGAAAAAAUCAAAAACUCAAUCAAAAUGAAAUUCGCUGCUGCCAUCUUGUUCACCUUAGCCUUGGCUUUGGGCGUUCAAUCAUCAUUGGUUCCUGGUGUGGUCACACAAGUUGCUGGUGGCGGCUUGUCCUACACUGCAGUCUCAUCCCCAGUUGUUGCCGCCCCCUGGCCUCUAUAUCCACAUGCUGCCGUGGCCGUUCAUGCCGCCGCUCCAGCUGUUGCCGUCCACGCUGCUCCCGUCCAUGCUCCCGUUGUAGUGCCCGCCGUUCAAGGUUCUUAUGUUGCACAGACACGUGGUGCUGUCCACACCGCCCCCUUGGCCGGCCAUGCCAGCUCCGUUGCCAAUGUUAACUUGGCUCCAGCUCCCGGUACUGUUUAAACGACUGCUUGGAUUGGAUUUGAUUUAUGGUUGAUCGUAAUAGUCAUGACAUUCGUCUCUGACAUAAUUCUACUGCAGGGUACCUCCUACCAUCCACAAAUGUACAUACAUACACACAUUUUUGAUUAGCACACAUUGCCAUCUAGUUCAUGUUUUAUUUUAGUUCCAUAUCGUUUUAAUUUAUACACUUCUUCUGUUUCACAAUUUUUUGGAGUUUUGAUUUUCCUUUCCCCUCUUAAGCUCCGCCAUAAAUAAAGCAAUUACUGUGAAAAGUAAAAAAUUAAAUAUUA